AACAACCCCCCCCCUCCCCUUCACUCUCAGUCUCUCCUCGUCUCUUCGCUCACUGUUCAUCUCCUCCUCCUCGGCUCCUCCUCCCUUCUAUGGACGUCAUAUGCCCUAAAACUCCCAUCGUGUGGGAUGGGAAAAGCUUCACGCCCUGCUUCGAGAAUAUAGUAUUAGGCUUUGGAGCAAAUAUGAUCACUGUAGCUGCGGUCGUAGUUCUUGGAGUAAAUAAAAGGAACGCUACAACAACCAGGAACAUCAGGAUAGGCCUUUUGGGAAAGGUGUUUUUACACAUUCUACCUGCUUUUGGAGCAUGCCUUUCUUUCUAUGAAAUGUUUUUACUUAUGAAGAGCAGCCUUGAAGGACAUAAUGUUGAGUAUCAUGAUUGGCUUUUCAGAUGCUCUCAGUUUGCUUCAUGGAUGACCAUUUUGCUAGUCUCAAACUUCAGUUACUGGUUUCAUGUAUUUUGCAAUCCUAUCUUAUGCUUUUGGUGGAUUUUGAAGCCUGUUCUGGAGAUCCCUCUUUUGCUCACGAAGUUCUCAUCCCUAGAGGUUAUAACAUGUUUGAAAGAGAGUUCUUCUAUUUUUGCUGAAUUCAUGUUUGGUCUCUUUGUCAUUGUGGUAAAAGCAAUGCAUGCAUCUAAUGAAGAAAGAGAAUUUGAUUCUAUCGAAGAUCCUCUUCUCCCACGUGAUUCAGUGGCAAACAAAAAUCACAUUAUAGAUGCAGAUUGGAAAUUCAGUAGCUGCUUUGACCUUGUGACAUUCAAGUUUGUCAAUUUGAUGAUGGAUCUUGGUGUGACAAAACAACUUGACUUUAAAGAUCUAGUUGAAUUGCCUUGUGAUCUUAUGCCUUCUUCAUGUCAUCAUACAUUAUUGAGGGGCUGGGUAGCUGAACAGAAUAAGCAUAACUCUAACCCAUCUCUGUUCAGAGCUAUGUGUUAUGCAUAUGGGUGGCCAUAUUUGCGGUUAGGUCUAUUGAAGGCAAUAAAUGAUUGUGUUGGCUUUAUUUCGCCACUGCUCCUUAAUAAGCUGAUCAAGUUUCUUCAACAAGGUUCUGGAGAUGUGGAUGGAUAUUUUCUAGCUCUUUCCCUGGGUUUUACAUCCAUCUUGAAAUCCUUUCUAGACACACAGUAUACUUUUCGUCUUGGGAAAUUGAAGUUGAUGUUGCGAUCAAGCAUAAUGAUAAUACUGUAUCGCAAGUGCCUAUUCAUUAGCCAAGCCGAACGCUCAAUUUUUUCUGAUGGAGAAGUCCAAACUUUUAUGUCUAUAGAUGCAGAUCGGACAGCUAAUUUGUGUAAUAGCCUUCAUGAUGUGUGGAGUUUGCCCCUGCAGAUAGGUGUGGCACUGUAUCUUCUAUAUACACAGGUCAGUUUUGCGUUUGUUUCUGGUGUUGCGAUAACCAUCUUGCUUAUACCAGUAAAUAAAUGGAUCUCUACAAUGAUUGCAAGUGCAACAGAGAAAAUGAUGAAACAGAAGGAUGAGAGGAUCAGAGGUGCUGGAGAACUUAUAACAUAUAUCCGAACAUUAAAAAUGUAUAGCUGGGAGCAUCUAUUCACCAAGCGUUUGAUGGAAAGAAGAGCGAUGGAAGUGCAACACCUCUCAACAAGGAAAUACUUGGAUGCAUGGUGUGUAUUUUUCUGGGCAACAACACCGACACUUUUCUCUCUAUUUACAUUUGGCGUCUUCGCAUUGAUGGGUCACUCAUUAAGUGCUGCUACGGUUUUCACUUGUGUAGCCCUUUUCAACACAUUGAUCUCUCCUUUAAAUUCUUUCCCUUGGGUGAUCAAUGGAUUGAUUGAUGCCAUGAUAUCUUCCAGGCGAUUGAGCAAAUAUUUGUCUUGUCCUGAGCAUAAUUCUGAAUGUGAGCAGUCUUCUGGUGGACGACUAAACACAUACGGUCCCUCACCUUGUCUCUUUGAAAGUGAGGUUGAUGCUGGUGCUAAUCCCAAAGCUAUUGUUUUCCAAAAUGCAAGUUGUGUUUGGUCUAGCAGCUAUGAGGUGGGGAAUAGUGUAAUCUUGGAUGGCAUCUCACUGGACUUUCCAAAGGGCAUCUUUGUUGCUAUAAUUGGAGAGGUUGGUUCUGGCAAGUCAUCCUUGUUAAAUUCUAUUCUGGGAGAGAUGCAUCUUAUUCGUGGUGUUAUACAAGCCUGUGGGUCAAUAGCAUAUGUGCCACAGGUUCCUUGGAUCCAGUCUGGUUCAGUUCGUGACAAUAUUUUGUUUGGAAAGGAGUAUGAUGCUAGAAGGUACAGAGAAGUAUUACAGGCAUGUGCACUUGACAUUGACAUUUCACUGAUGAUUGGAGGUGAUCUAGCAUAUAUUGGAGAGAAAGGAGUCAACUUAUCUGGUGGGCAGAGAGCCCGUCUCGCAUUGGCAAGGGCUGUCUGUUGUGACUCUGACAUAUACUUGCUUGACGAUAUACUUAGCGCAGUUGAUUCGCAGGUUGCUUGCUGGAUUUUACAGAGAACUAUACUGGGUCCUUUAAUGAAUCAAAAAACACGGGUACUAUGUACCCAUAAUGUUCAGGCAAUUUCUUCUGCAGAUAUGAUUGUGAUCAUGGAUAGAGGACAUGUAAAGUGGGCUGGAAUGUCAGCCAAUUUCUUAGUGUCACCAUAUUUGGCAACUUAUGUACCAAAUAAUUCAAAGUUCCCAUCAUCUCAAUUGUUAGGAAAAGAAAGCAUGAUAUGUGCUUCUGAUGAAUUGAGGUCUAAUGUUCUGCUAGAGAGUGGUUUCGUAGCAACUUCUGAGGAAGCACAAGAGACUGCUGAAACAGAGUUUAGAAAAGAGGGAAGAGUUGAACUUAGUGUUUAUAAGAGUUAUGCUACCUUUGCCAGCUGGCCUGUUGUUUUUGUCAUAUGUGUUUCAGCAUUUUUUAUGCAAGCAUCUCGCAAUGGAAAUGAUCUCUGGCUAUCACACUGGGUUGAUAAUACCACUGGAACUGAGAACACAAGAUUUUAUCUGGUUAUUCUCUCCAUCUUUGGCUUGGUGAAUUCCCUUUUCACUUUAGCAAGGGCAUUCUCAUUUUCAUACGGUGGUCUACGUGCUGCAGUUCAGGUGCAUACCAAGCUUCUGAAUAAGCUUGUCGAUGCACCUGUACAUUUUUUUGAUCAGAAUCCUAGUGGGCGAAUACUCAACAGAUUGUCCUCAGAUUUGUACACACUUGAUGAUUCUCUUCCUUUUAUUCUCAACAUCCUCCUAGCCAAUUUCUAUAGUCUAUUGGGCAUUGUGGUGGUUUUGUCCUAUGUGCAGAUAAUUUUCUUGCUUUUGUUGUUUCCAUUGUGGUAUGUUUACAGAAAAUUGCAGUUCUACUAUAGGUCCACGUCACGUGAACUGAGGCGGCUUGAUAGUGUUUCUCGCUCACCUAUCUAUUCAUGUUUCACGGAAACAUUGGAUGGCUCAUCAACUAUAAGGGCGUUCAGAAAAGAGGAAUUUUUCCUGGCUAGAUUCAUGGAGCAUAUCACAUUGUAUCAGCAAACUUCCUAUUCCGAACUAACAGCAAGUUUGUGGCUCUCUCUGCGACUCCAAUUGCUGGCAGCAUUUGUUAUUUUAUUCAUUGCCGUGAUGGCUGUUGUUGGCUGCCGUGGCAAUUUUCCACUUAGCUUUGGUACACCUGGACUGGUAGGCUUGGCCCUGUCUUAUGCAGCGCCAGUUGUCUCAUUGUUGAGCAGUUUUCUUACUAGUUUCACAGAGACAGAGAAGGAAAUGGUUUCUGUUGAGAGAGUGGUUGAGUACAUGGAUAUUCCUCAAGAAGGACUUCAGGGAUCACGAUCUGUGCAUCCAGAAUGGCCUAUGCAAGGACAGAUUGAAUUUGAACAUGUUACUCUUAGAUAUAAGCCAUCAUUGCCAGCUGCUCUAAAUGAUGUUUCAUUUUAUAUUGCAGCAGGCAUGCAGGUCGGAGUUGUUGGAAGGACAGGAGCUGGAAAAUCCAGUUUACUUAAUGCACUCUUUCGCCUUACUCCCAUUUGUAAUGGGCACAUUUUAGUUGAUGGCGUUGAUGUGGCUGAUAUUUCUGUCAGGAAUCUUCGUGGACAUUUUGCAGUGGUUCCCCAAAGCCCAUUCUUAUUCGAAGGCUCUCUAAGGGAAAACCUAGACCCAUCUGGUAUGACAACAGAUGAAAAAAUCUGGGAAGCUCUUCAGAAAUGCCAUAUUAAAGCUGAGAUAGAAUUAGCUGGUGGACUUGACCUUCCUGUAAAAGAAAGCGGCACAUCAUUUUCAGUUGGUCAGCGGCAGCUUAUAUGCCUUGCACGGGCAAUUGUUAAGUCUUCUAAGAUACUUUGUUUGGAUGAGUGCACAGCCAAUGUUGACACUCAGACAGCAAUGAUACUACAAAAUACAAUUUCCAAUGAAUGUAACGGCAUGACAGUUUUGACAAUAGCACAUCGCAUUUCUACGGUGUUGAGCAUGGACGAGAUUUUAAUUCUUGACCAUGGGAACCUGGUUGAACAAGGAAACCCACAAGUUCUUCUGAAAGAUGAAUACUCUAGAUUUUCGAGCUUUGCUCGAGCAUCUACAAUGUGAAUGAGAAAUGAUUUUUGAAGCUAAUGCAUCCACUAUGUUUCCUGUAUGGUCUUUUAAAUGCUAAGGUUUUGUCACUAAGACGAGAUUGCUGCAUCAAUUUACCACCUGAAAGAUCAUAGAUGAUGUAAUGAAGAUAUGUUACUGCUUGGAUCAGUCUCAUUUAGACUAUAUUGAAAUUUCUGUCAUGUUGCAAUUAUA